UUUAACGGUGGUGAACAGAAAGAGUUAUUGAAGAGAGUGGGGUGCAUAGCACAAAGGUCAACUCAACUAAAAGAAAGAGGUGUCUAAUCGGCUAUUCCAUUAGUCAGCCAUUUGGGAUUGCAGAACACACAGAGAGAGAGAGAGAGAGAGGAAAUGCGUGCGUGUGUCUGGCCAUUGUAGGGGAAGAUUGGGGGCAACCGAAUCUUCACCAAUAAUACAGUCUCUCUCUCUCUCUCUCUCUCUCUCUCUCUCAGUCUCCAGAAAGAGAUGAAUUGCUGAUAGAUAGAGAGGUAGAUAUUGAAGGAAUUGGUUUCCAAUGAAGACGCAGCCUCAGCCUCAGCCUGACGGUGCCUCCGCCGCACCCAACCCCUGCGAAGAGAAGAAGAGCAUAAAUCCAGAGCUGUGGCAGGCUUGUGCGGGACCCCUCGUUAAUCUUCCACCCGCUGGCACUCACGUCAUCUACUUCCCUCAGGGCCACAGCGAACAGGUUGCUGCAUCCUUGAAGAAGGAUGUCGACGCUCAAGCCCCCAACUAUCCCAAUCUUCCUUCUAAGCUGCUCUGUCUCCUUCACAAUCUCACUUUGCAUGCUGAUCCCGAAACAGAUGAAGUUUAUGCUCAGAUGACCCUUCAACCAGUGCCUUCUUUUGACAAGGAUGCCUUAUUAAGAUCAGAUCUCGCUCUCAAGUCAACCAAGCCACAACCCGACUUUUUCUGCAAGCAACUCACUGCAAGCGAUACAAGUACUCAUGGAGGUUUCUCUGUACCUCGUCGUGCAGCAGAGAAGAUUUUCCCCCCUCUCGAUUAUUCUAUGCAACCUCCUGCUCAAGAACUUGUUGCGAGGGAUUUGCACGAUACUGUUUGGACUUUCCGCCACAUAUAUCGUGGACAACCGAAACGGCACUUGCUUACAACUGGCUGGAGUCUAUUUGUCAGUGGAAAGAGGCUUUUUGCUGGAGACUCUGUUUUAUUUAUAAGAGAUGAAAAGCAGCAGCUUCUUUUGGGUAUCAGACGAGCUAACAGGCAACCCACCAAUAUAUCGUCAUCAGUGCUAUCAAGUGAUAGUAUGCACAUUGGAAUUCUUGCUGCAGCUGCUCAUGCUGCUGCAAACAAUAGUCCCUUUACCGUGUUUUAUAAUCCUAGGGCUAGUCCCUCAGAAUUUGUUAUUCCUUUAGCCAAGUACUACAAGGCAGUUUACAGCCACCAACCAUCUCUUGGCAUGCGUUUUCGAAUGAUGUUUGAAACUGAAGACUCAGGAACAAGAAGGUAUAUGGGUACAAUCACGGGUAUCAGUGAUCUGGAUCCUGUGCGAUGGAAAAAUUCUCAAUGGCGAAAUUUGCAGGUUGGUUGGGAUGAGUCAACUGCUGGAGAAAAGCGGAGCAGGGUCUCAAUCUGGGAAAUUGAGCCAGUGACUGCUCCAUUUUUCAUUUGUCCACCUCCAUUUUUUCGAUCCAAGAGGCCAAGACAACCCGGAAUGCCUGAUGAUGAAUUAUCUGAUUUUGAUAGCCUUUUCAAGCGGACAAUGCCUUGGCUUGGUGAUGAUAUGUGCAUGAAGGAUCCCCAAGGUCUCCCUGGUCUGAGCUUAGCUCAGUGGAUGAACAUGCAACAAAAUCCUGCGCUGGCUAGCUCAUUGCAGCCAAAUUAUGUACCUUCCUUAACGGGAUCUGUUUUGCAAAAUCUUCCUGGUGCAGACAUUUCCCGUCAGCUGGGAUUUUCCAGUCCUCAAAUUUCUCAGUCAAACAAUGUGGCCUUCAAUGCUCAGAGGCUACUUCAGACUGCACAACAACUUGAUCACCUUCAGAAGCUACCAUCCACGUCUAGCACAUUGGGAACAGCCCUGCCACCACAGCAACAGUUGGGUGAUAUCACUCAACAACCAAGGCAGAACAUGGCAAAUCAAACUCUUCCGCAGAGUCAAGUUCAGGCCCAGCUCUUGCAUCCCCAGAAUCUUGUCCAAACCAACAAUAUUCUUCAACAGCAGCAACCAUCCAUUCAAAACCAUCAGCUCCAUAGAAGCCUCUCUCAGAAUCCACCACAGCAGCAGCAACAGCAGCAGACAAUUAUAAGUCAGAAUCAACAACAAAAUUUGAUUCAGUCCCCCAUGCCUGAUCAUGUUCAACAAUUACAGAUGUCUGAUAGUCAGAUUCCAUUGCAGUUUUUACACAAGCUUCAACAACAAAAACAAACACUCUUGGCACAGCAAUCUGCAUUCCAGCAGCCUACUCAACUUACUCAAAUCCAGGAUCAGCAGAGGCAGCUUUUAGAUAAAACACAUAACUUAUCUAGAGCUCAAGCACCUGGUCAAAUGCUGGAAAUUCCUCCUAUACUUCAAAAUUCACUACCUGAGGCUAAUUCUAUCACACAUCAGAUGGCAAAGGCUAAUGGCCGGAACAAUAUUCAAUUAUGUCAUCUGCCUCAGCAGCCCAAGCUUCAACAGCAGCAACCUGGCUUGCUCUCUGAAAUGGCUGGCCACAUGGCACUUCCUCCUACCCCUACAACCAACCAACUUUCUGCUGCUGGUAGUAGUAUACUGACGGGAGCUGCUGGUGCAGGGCAAUCUGUAAUUACUGAUGAUGUUCCAUCUUGCUCCACUUCACCUUCUACAAAUAACUGUGCCAAUGCACUUCCUUCAUUGAUAAAUUCCCGAUUCCAGAGACGUACAACAGUAGGGGAUGACAUGGCUCAGUCCACUGCCACAAUCUUGAGUUCAGGUGCCUUAGAAACCAUGCCAUCCAGUGCAAACUUGUUGAAAGAUUUACAGCCGAAGUCUGAAGUUAAGCCUUCUCUGAAUAUUUCCAAAAAUCAGAAUCAAGGGCAUUUUGGUCCUCAGAUGUACUUGAAUGGUAGCACUGCUCAGACAGAUUAUUUGGAUACAUCAUCUUCUACAACAUCAGUUUGCAUAUCUCAGAGUGAUGCUCAUAUGCAUCAGAAUAACAACCCAUUAUCUUACAAUCCACAGUCUAUGUUGUUUAGAGACAAUAGUCAAGAUGGGGAUGUUCAGGCAGAUGCACGGAGCAAUAUUCCAUAUGGUAAUAACAUUGAUAACCAAAUGGGAAUACCACUGAAUCCAGAUUCUCUUUUAACCAAAGGCACGUUGGGGCUGGGGAAGGAUUUGUCUAAUAAUUUUUCUUCGGAUGGUAUGCUUGGUAAUUAUGAAAAUAACAGAGAUGCUCAGCAGGAACUUUCGUCUUCGAUGGUCUCACAAACAUUUGGAGUCCCUGAUAUGACCUUCAAUUCAAUUGACUCCACAAUAGAUGAUAGUAGCUUCUUGAAUAGGGGUCCAUGGGCUCCACCACCAGCGCCGCCACCACCACCUCUGCCACCAGCACAGUUUCAGCGGAUGAGGACAUAUACCAAGGUAUAUAAGCGUGGAGCUGUGGGAAGGUCCAUAGACAUAACACGGUAUUCAGGUUAUGAGGAGCUUAAACAGGAUCUUGCUCGUAGGUUUGGCAUAGAGGGGCAGAUGGAGGAUCGGCAAAGAAUAGGUUGGAAACUUGUCUAUGUAGAUCAUGAGAAUGAUGUUCUACUAGUGGGAGAUGACCCUUGGGAGGAUUUUGUGAACUGUGUCCGCUGUAUUAAAAUCCUUUCUCCUCAAGAGGUGCAACAGAUGAGCUUGGAUGGAGAUUUUGGCAAUGGCCUUCCAAAUCAAGCCUGUAGCAGCUCUGACGGUGGGAAUACUUAAAUCAGUCCAGGAUGCUAACUAUUUUUCCAUAUUGGUAACUAAGAUUAUUUCUGAGAGAUACCUUAUUGUCCCAAUUCCUGAAGGCAGUUAUUAUACCAACUUGGGACGUUUGUAUCCUGCAUCAGGACUUUAAAGUGAUCUUUGCAGUUUGAAAAGAGAAAAUUUUGGCUCUGUUCUGGACAUGCAAUUUGAAAGAGCCCAAACAAAGGUGGAGACACUAACUGCCGCUAGUGAUACAAAUUCAAUCAAGUUAUAAACUGGUGCUGAAUCGAACGGUUGGAGCACCCCCUCGUAACUCGUUGUGUUUGAAGCCAUAUGUUGUAAUAUUGAAAAAACAUUGUUCUCGGCAUGGUCAGAAGUAUUUAAUUCUCUGUAUUGUAGAAAGGUUAAUUGUUACUUGAUAGUUUUGAAUGUAUAAAGUUGUAGGUUUAGUCUCCGUGUUAAAGGAAUUGCUGACAUUUGAAAAGAGCGAUGGCUUGUAGGUUGGGCCUUCGUAAACGCUAGACAGCUAGAUUUUGCGAAAGCUUGUACGAUCUUCCAUCCUUUGAGGCACCUUAGUAGCCAAGAGGACUGCGAAGUUGAGAAACUUUAUAUGUUGUAAGGUUAAGUAGAUACUGUUGCAUUGUUUUCUUAAAACGUUAAGUACAAAAUGGUGGAGUUAAUUUGACUGUAAAGAAGUUUAGUUAAUGACUACUGGUGUCGUUUUAUUUUUAACUUUUUUGAAAAUGAGAUGGGGCCUUUUGUUCUGGACUCGUGCAUUUGGUUUAUUUGAAACUUAUCAGUGCUUGGCAUAUGAAUAAUUGAAUAUAAUACUCUAAUAGAAUAAUAAGAACAAGACGUGAAUUU